AUGUCCAACCUACCAACAGCUGGUGAACCAUCACGACCCCGACAACAGAUCAAACCCAUGGAGGAUGAUCAAAAGCGGGUCAAGAUACUAGUACUAGGUUGGCGAAAAGCUGGAAAAUCAUCAUGCAUCAAGACAGUAUUUCAAAAAGUUCCAGUAAGAGACGUGGCUUAUUUCUCUGUAACGCAAAAAAUUGAGAAGAUCAACUAUGACUCCAUCAUACCUCUUCAAAUAUGGGAUACUCCGGCAAAUUUCGAUUUGGAUCAGUUGGACGUACCUAUAGGAUCUUUUGCCACGAUCAUAUUCGUUAUGGAUAUGCAACAGGACGAUUCAUAUCAUGAUGCUAUUUCCAAAUUUGUUGGGAUCAUGUUACGUGCUCAUCUCAUGGCACCCAAGAUAAAAUUUGUGGUUUUUAUACAUAAAGCGGAGGUCUUAUCAGAAGAGUAUAGGGCUGAAAAUUAUGGAGAAAUCCAACGUACUACAGUGGACAAUCUUGAUUACUUCGAUUACCCCUCUCUUCAACACUUAGCUACUCAUCUUGACCUUUCCGACCCACACGUAUGUCAAGGUAUAGGUGAUCAACUCACCACCGCUCAAGUCCGAUUUGAUAUGACUUCGGUACAUGAUGCAUCUUUACGAGACGCUUGGAGUAAAGUGAUACAAGGUAUAAUGGAUAUUUUACCAGAUGUGGAAUCUCUCAUGAUGCAUUUCACGGAGUCAUCUGGAAUGGACAAUUCCUUUUUGUUCGACAUAAAUUCAGGUGUCAUAGUAGGCGCCGAUAAUAGACAACGGAACGAUGCGACUCUUGAACAAGUGACAGAGUACUUAUCACGUUUUCUUCAGUUCCGAGAGCUAUAUAAGAACCUCAAGAUGCAGCCAGAAGAACACGAAAGUAAUGGUGUAGCAACCGAAGUUGAUAAUCAGGAAGAGGAAGAAGAGCCUUCGGACGAGCCAUCAGGUUGGUGGGACGAAGAAGAUCCAUCGAAACCUUGGAUGUUUCAGUCCACUCGAUUGUUACCGAAGACCACGAUCACUUUAUGGCAAUUCACACCUCACCUAGCAUUAGUCGCUUUGCUUCAGACUGACGUUUGGCAAGCCAGGAGAGGAAUGAUAGAGUACAAUCUCACAUUUCUCCGACAGGGUAUUCGAGGUAUACUUAUGGAGAUGUGA